AUGCCCAACAUGUCUGCAGGCCCUUCUGACUUGAGCGAGCCCAAAACCUCAACGCUGUUGAAAAAGCUCACCGAGCUGUUGCCGGUCGAGCUGCAGGAAAAGGCAAUCGCUUGCUCGGACAUGAGUGUUCUUCAAGUCCUCGGCGACACCAAUCGUCAGUUUCGACAUCUCGUCGUUUCAGUCGUCAAACACCACGAUCCAUCAGAUCAUGUCGAGUGCUCUGUCUCAAAGAGCGGCUUUGUCCCAAAAUUCAGUCGGCUCUCGGCCGGCUGCACGAAAGGAGUCGCGAGACUUCCGAAGCACGUCACGCUCAAUGUCGACACCUCCUGGAUCAAGGGUCAAGCAGAAUCUUACGCCCGGGGUCGCGUGUGGAACCCACCGUUUCGCAUAUCCGACCUUGGCACGGCUGCCACACCUUCCUCAGGCCCGAGCCGGCGCCAUGUAUUCAAUUCCCUGAUGGUCCGGGACGAGGCGGGGGAGUGCACCGGCCAAGGCAUCUGUAUGACCCGUCCCCCGUUACAGUCGAGCUAUCUUCCCGCCAAGUGGCUCCUGGUGGACGGAAAACUUCGAUGCAAUCGGGACGUGCUCCGUUGUGGCCAAACUUACGACUCCCCGUACGAGGCUGUCGUUCAGAUCAGUCACCCAGCUUGCGGCAGGACCUGUGAUCCGCAGAGUCUCAAAUACCAAGUCACUCAGAGGGGAGGGUGGCUAUUUCCGAGGGGAGGGGUGCCGUGCUUGACGUAUCUCCUUCUCUCCCCAGACGACGAUCCAGACAGGCUCGCCGAUAAUCUCGCAAACCUGCUGGUCGAUUCAGCGGCUUCGCUGAACAAAGUCGUCCUCGCGCUCACCAUUGACCCCGAUUCGGUCUCAUCGGAAGCUGGCGAUCCAGAGUCGGAGACUCGCACGCGAUACUCGGCGGACGGCAUAUCACAGCUCAUGAGACAUCAUCUCUCAAAUUGGGAACAGCGCGGCGAGCUCACGGAAUCUGCCGAGAAAGCGAUUCGAAGUUCGUUGUACGAGCGCAGAGGAUCCUGGGGAGUUGGGAACGGGCGUGCGACACCACCGUUGCCUUCCUUCUGA